AUGGCGUCCAAACAAGCCACUCCGCAGCCCAAAGACCUCCCCGUCGACGAGAAAUACGACCACUACGACUUCCCCACGUCUGCUCCCACGCCGCAGCCUGGCCACCCGGGGUAUACCACGCCCGAGCAGGAUGCGCAGGUGUUCCAGCUCCGGAAGCAGCUGGAGGACGCUGGCUGCAAGGACAGGCUAGACACAUUGACGCUGCUGCGGUUCCUGCGGGCGAGAAAGUUCAACGUUGAGGCUUCGAAGACUAUGUUCCUCGCGAGCGAGAAAUGGCGAGCAGAAUUCAAGACGGACACGCUGGUCUCAGACUUCGACUACCAUGAGAAAGAGAAGAUGUUCGAAUACUACCCCCAAUUCUACCACAAGACAGACAAGGACGGCCGACCAGUGUACAUUGAGCAAUUCGGCAAAAUCGACCUGACAGCCAUGUACAAAGUGACCACCAGCGACCGCAUGCUCAAACACCUAGUAUGCGAGUACGAGAAGCUGGCCGACAACCGCCUCCCCGCCUGCGCCCGAAAAUCCGGCCACCUGCUCGAAACCUGCUGCACGAUAAUGGACAUGAAGGGCGUGGGCCUGGGCAACGCCUCGUCCGUCAUCGGCUACGUGCGCCAGGCCUCUGCCAUUUCUCAAAACUACUACCCCGAGCGUCUGGGGAAGCUGUACAUCAUCAAUGCGCCGUGGGGGUUCAGCACGGUGUUCGCCAUGGUCAAGGGGUUCCUGGACCCGGUCACGGUGAAGAAGAUACAUGUCUUUGGAGGCGGGUAUGAGAGCGAGUUGCUCUCGCAGAUUCCCGCAGAGAACUUGCCGGUGCAGUUUGGCGGCAAGUGUGAGUGUGAGGGCGGGUGCAUGUUUAGCGAUAUGGGACCCUGGCAGGAGCCGGAGUGGGCUGGCUCAAAGGAGAAGAAGACAGAGGCCAAGAAGGAGGGAGGUGAGGAGGGCGAGGAGAAGAAGAAGGAGGAGGAGGAGGAGAAGAAAGAAGAGGAGGAGAAGGAGAAGGCUACUGAUGCUGAGCCGGCUACUGCUACUGCGACGGCUGCGGCUCCAGCUCCGGCUGCUGCUUAG